UGUAGGCAACAAAUUUCGAUUUUCUCUAGCCAAAAGGCGUCCCUAGUGCAUAGCAUUGUUUCUCUAUUUAUAGGCGUAAGGUACAACUUCGGUAGAACUACAAAUAUGUCCUUAAGCCUAUACAUUUAUACUAAUGAGUAAGCUAAGGAUAAUACUAUCUUUCUAUCCUUGCCCAACAAGUCAUGUGACCUUGUCUUGCUCCAGCCAGCUUCUUUUUCUUUUUCAUCAUGUGCAAGUGACAAUAAUCCAAAGCUCUGAACUUAGUUUCUGCAGCAGCUAUGACAGCUGCUCAUCACCGUCCCUCGACGACGAAGGUGUUCUUCGAUGGUACCCUACAAUUGAAACAGGUUGAAAAAUAAUUGGAAGAAAGGCGCUCGUGCGGAGAUCGGCUAUCUCACAUGCAUGCACGGAUGGACAUGGAUGGAGAAAUUAGAGCCGCCUUGCUGCUGCAGGCACUACUCUCCUGCUACGCCACUCACUGUUCCUCGUCCAACACCAAACAAACCACGGCGUUCGCAUGCAAGUGUGCAGCCACAACACGGCGUUCACGACACCGGCACACAGCCGGUCUAUCGUAUGCGCGCCGCCGCCGGUCAAAGAGAAGGGUGCACGUACGUGAGCCAGACCAGAAAUAAAGUAGCAGACGGCUCGGCAAGUCGGCAGGUUAGCAUUACCAUUACACUAACCCCUCUAGGCCUCCCUCCCCCCUCCCUCCCUCCGCCCGGCCGGCCGGCGCAAACUAAUUAAGCGAGCCAUGGAGAAUUAUCACAUGCUCUUUGGGACGACGGCGACGCAUGCGCAGCCCUCUUCAGCUGCCGGCACCCCCAGCUCCUACAACUUCAUUGCCACCAGCAGCGCUAGCGGCUUGCGGCGCGACCACGACCGAGGCCAGCACAGCGGGCACGUGCACGCCGCCGGCGGAUCCUCGUCGCCGUCCUCCUUCUUCGUCGCGGAGCGGCUGUCCCACAACGACGACUCCAGCAAGGACGGUGGUGGCGGUCCAGGUCCAGCCGCAGCUGGCAGUGGAGAGAAGGAGGCCGAGGCGGACGACAGGCCGGCGGCGGCCAGGAGGAAAGGGGAAAAGAAGGAGCGCCGCCCGCGGUUCGCCUUCCAGACGCGCAGCCAGGUCGACAUCCUCGACGACGGCUACCGCUGGAGGAAGUACGGCCAGAAGGCCGUCAAGAACAACAACUUCCCACGAAGCUACUACAGAUGCACACACCAAGGGUGCAACGUGAAGAAGCAGGUGCAGCGGCUGUCAAGGGACGAGGGCGUGGUGGUGACCACAUACGAGGGCACCCAUACACACCCCAUCGAGAAGUCUAAUGACAACUUCGAGCACAUUCUCACCCAGAUGCAGAUCUACUCCGGCAUGGGAUCAACCUUCAGCAGGAGUAGCCACGACAUGUUUCACUGAAUGAACCUUCCAAAACCACUUCAAUUAAGCGUCCGAUCGAGCACCAUGCAAACCAAGCUAGAAAAUUGAUCCAUAGAUUUUAUUAAUUUGUACAUUGAGUCUUAGAUGUUUAAGAGAUAAAUAAAGCGUGAUUUGGUACAUAUAUAGAUGAUGCAGGUGUGUUACUCACGCAACAAAUGGUUCUUAUUUUUUGUUUUAAAUUUUCAAUUGAUGUAGGACAGGGAUAGAAACUGAUGUACACCGCCCUCAGGAAUUUAAAAGGUAAUGGACUACAUUACAAUUGAAAA